AUGGCUCUGGCCAUUGCCUCGUUUCUGCGUGCGGUUGGGGUGGCUCUCUGGGUGUCCCUAAGCCAUGGUGAAGCUAAAAUGGAGCCUUUCCUGACAAAGCUGGGUUUGAUCACAUUGCAAGACAAAGAAAUCGAGUCUGCAGCUGCGUUCGGUGCUAAGGCGCUUUCCAGCGAAGAACAUGGAUACCAAGAGAAACUGGGCUGGCAUCAUGCCACCUCCCAGCUUUCUACUGGCUGCUUGUGGCCUGCAGACAGCAUCUUGAGAGCUCCUGCUGAAGGGUUUGACCUUUAUGCCUACAGCAGUGUUAUCUGGCGCCUGCAGCAGGAGUCACAGCGUGUGGCAUCAUGCAACCUCCUCCUUCUGGCACUGCUGGUGGCCUGGCUGUUUCUUACCUGUGAAAGUGAUGGGAGCCAGGGUGACGUGAGAAAGGAGGGUUCAUCAGUCCUGGAAGGUGCCGGUGGAGUCGUGGGGACCCCUGAGGUGGGUGGGGAUGAUGAAGAGGGUGUAGAAAUGAGGGGAAAGCCAGAGUCCAACCCGAGCCCAGGCGUGGCGUUGGCCCAGCGGCAAGUGACGGUGCAGCAGGGACCCCUGUACCGCACGGAGGGGUCCCACGUCACCCUGUGGUGCAAGGUGAGCGGCUACCAGGGGCCGGCAGAGCAGAACUUCCAGUGGUCCAUCUACCUGCCCUCGGCCCCCGAGCGGGAGGUGCAGAUCGUCAGCACCGUGGACCCCUCGUUCCCCUACGCCAUCUACACGCAGCGCGUGCGCGGCCGCGGCAUCUUCGUGGAGCGGCUGCAGGGGGACGCCGUGCUGCUGCACAUCACCGAGCUGCAGGAGCGCGACGCCGGCCAGUACGAGUGCCACACGCCCAACACCGACGAGAGGUACUUCGGCAGCUACAGCGCCAAGAUGGACCUCGUGGUGAUCCCGGACUCGCUGCGGGUGACAGCGGUCCCACAGACGCUCAACAAGGUGGAGCACGACUCUCUGGAGCUGAAGUGCGAGGUGUCCAAGAGCACAGCCCAGCACAGCCACGUUUCCAUGGCGUGGUACCGGCAGCGGGGCAGCGAGGCGCCCGUGGAGAUCAUCUCCCUCAGCCGCGACUUCGUCCUGCGGGCCGGCAGCGCCUACGCCCAGCGACACGCCACGGGGGACGUGCGCUUGGACAAAGUUGGGGAGACCACCUCCAAACUCACCAUCUACAACCUCCACCCGUCAGACCAGGGCGAGUUCUACUGCGAGGCAGCAGAGUGGAUCCAGGACCCGGACGAUUCUUGGUAUGCCAUGACCCGCAAGCGCUCGCAGGGCGCCGUCGUCAACGUGCAAGCCACUGACAAGGAGUUCAGUGUCCGGCUGGAGACAGAGAAGCGGAUGUACAUCGUGGGCGAGCCGGCAGAGUUCCGGUGCAUCCUGGAGGCUCAGAAUGUCCCCGACCGCUACUUCUCCAUCUCCUGGGCCUUCAACAGCUCCCUCAUCGCCAGCCUGGGACCCAACGCCGUGACGGUGCUCAACAACGAGUUUGCGCAGCGCGAGGCCCUGGGCCAGCUCAAGGUGGCCAAAGAAAGUGACAACGUUUUUGUGCUGAAGAUCUACCGCUUGCGCCUCGAGGACAGCGGCAAGUACAACUGCAGAGUGACUGAGCGUGAGAAGACCGUGACGGGAGACUUCAUCGACAAGGAGAGCAAGAGGCCAAAGAACAUCCCCAUCACUGUCAUGCCACUCAAGACCAGCAUCUCCUUGGAGAUAAUCAACAACGCCAGCACUGUCUUGGAGGGAGAGAGCCUGCGCUUUGGCUGCAACGUGCGCUCGGGCUUCGGGCCCCAGAGCCGCCUGUCAGUCAGCUGGCAGCUGGUGGACAAGCUGAACCGGCGCAGCGAAAUCGUGCGUCUGGACCGGGAGGGCACCCUGCACCCCGGCCCUGCCUACGCCGAGCGCAGCAGCUACGGGGGCAUCCAGGUGGAGCAGGUGCGGCCCGGCUCCUUCACCCUGGAGAUCUUCAACAGCGUCAAGGCAGACGAGGGCCACUAUGAGUGCCGGGUGGCCGAGUGGACACGGACACUGGAUGGGGAGUGGCAGAUGGUUGGGGAGCGGCACACGAGCACCCUGGUGUCCAUCACUGCUCUGGAGGCCGGGUUUGCCGUCACCGCCAUCUCCCGCACCCCAGGGGUGACCUACAACGAGUCUUUCGACCUCCAGUGCAUCAUCAAGCCCCACUACCCGUCGUGGGUGCCGGUGUCGGUGACGUGGCGCUUCCAGCCGGCGGGCAGCACCGAGUUCCACGACCUGGUGACCUUCACGCGGGACGGCGGCGUCCAGUGGGGUGACAGGGCCGCGGCGUUCCGCACCCGCACCGCCAUCGAGAAGGCCGAGUCCAGCAACAACGUGCGCCUGAGCAUCAGCAGGGCCAGCGACACCGAGGCCGGCAAGUACCAGUGCGUGGCCGAGCUCUGGAGGAAGAACUACAACAGCAGCUGGACCAGGCUGGCGGACAGGACUUCCAACCUGCUGGAAAUCAGAGUCCUGCGGCCAGUGACCAAGCUGCAGGUGAGCAAGUCGAAGCGGAGCAUCACUCUGCUGGAGAACCGGCCCAUCCCCCUGAACUGCUCGGUGAAAUCCCAGACCAGCCCCGACUCCCACUUCGCUGUGCUGUGGUACGUACACAAGCCCUCGGAUGCUGACGGGAAGCUCAUCCUGAAGACCACGCACAGCUCAGCCUUUGAGUAUGGCACCUAUGCAGAGGAGGAGGGGCUGCGGGGCCGGCUGCAGUUCGAGCGCUCUGCCUCGGGCGGGCUCUUCAGCCUGACGGUGCAGCGGGCAGAGGUGCGGGACAGCGGCAGCUACUACUGCCAUGUGGAGGAGUGGCUGCUCAGCCCCAACCAUGCCUGGUACAAGCUGGCAGAGGAGGUGUCGGGACGGACCGAGGUCACCGUUAAGCAGCCAGAUAACCGCCUGCAGGUCAACCAGACCCACAGAAACAUCACAGUGCGGGAGAACGAGUGGGUGACCCUGGAGUGCCUGGUGAGCAACAGGACCAGCCCCUCAUCCCAGCUGCUGGUGGAGUGGUCCGUGUGGCGGCCGGGCCAUGCCGACAAGGAGCUGGUGGCCUGGCUGAGCCGGCAGAGCACGCUGCACUACGGGGACCCGGCGGUACUGGGCGAGCUGCGGGGCCGGCUGCGCCUGGAGAGCCCGGCCCUGGGGCUCUUCCUGCUCUCCAUCCAGAACUCCACCGUGCGGGACAGCGGUGCCUACAGCUGCCGUGUGGAGGAGUGGCUGCUGGACCCCAGCGACCGCUGGUACAAGAGGGCAGAGGAGCUCUCCGGGAUCAUCACCCUCACGGUCAAGCAGCCAGAUCCCACCUUGCAGGUGGACACAGCCACCGCCAACCUCACGGUGCAGGAGAAGGAAUCCUUCCUGCUGGACUGCAGCAUCCUGUCCCGCUCCAGCCCAGAGUCCCACUUUGCAGUGACGUGGUACAGCCUGCGGGCCAAGGAGGCGGGCGACCACACAGAGGAGGGGGAGGAGGAGGAGGAAGAGAGGGAAGCAGUGCUGAGUGUGGGCCCCGAUGCCAUCUUCAGCCCCGAGGCUGGUCGCUGGGAGGGCCGCCUGCGCUUCCAGAGGCUCUCGGCGGUGCUUUUCCGGCUGACAGUGCUGCAGGCUGGCGGUGCCGACACGGGCAACUACUCGUGCCGAGUGGAGGAGUGGCUGGCGGAUCCCAACGGCAUCUGGUACCGGCUGGCCGAGGAGGAGUCGGGAAUGGUUGCUGUGCACGUGCAGGAUGCAGGCUCCACGCUGCAGUCUGUCAUCUGCUCCAAUGACGCCCUCUUCUACUUUGUGUUUUUCUACCCCUUUCCCAUCUUUGGCAUCUUGAUCAUCACCAUCCUCCUGGUGCGGUUCAAGAGCCGAAACUCCAGCAAGAACUCGGAGGGCAAGAAUGGGGUUCCCUUGCUGUGGAUCAAAGAGCCUCACCUCAACUACUCUCCCACUUGCCUAGAGCCACCAGUCCUCAGCAUCCACCCGGGAACCAUAGACUAA